UAACUUUAACCUUUUUUUCCGAUGAACUACAAAAUGCGAAUCGAAGAAAUGCUUUGCUUUAGCUCCGACUUGUAUUUGUGAAUUUUAUGAGAAUGUGUAUUUUCUUUUAUGUGCUUCCAUGUGAUCAUAGCUCCUAAGUUGUGUACGACUCUGCCUUUUGAGUAUUGCUUUUCUGUUUUUUAGAAACUUAAACUGUAGAGAUUUGUUUUCAUAUUUGGUGAGAGCAUAGACUGUUUGUGGCAAAGUCAAAAGGUGUAAUAAUCUAGUUUUGAGAAUUUAAGGAGUUGUAUUUACAAGAGAAAAAGGAGAAGGAGAAUAAGAAGUGCUUAUACUGCCGAUAUGAAUUUUGAACCAUACCAAAUAUAAGCAUUUGAGAUCAAUUAAUUAACUUAGUGCCCAAAAUCUAGGUCUGUCUAUCCCAGUGGCCCUUAAGUUUAUUGAUAAUACUUUAGGCUGAAGAAAUAUUGUGGAGAGGUGAUUAGACUGGACAUGACGCAACUUCAGUUUACUGAGGACACGACGUUAGGUAGGAGGAUAUGGAGGUCGCGAAUUAGGGUAGAAGGUAGUUGAAGAUUGUCUUGCUUCCUUGCGGGUAGGCUUGGUGAGUAGAUAGUAUUAGCAUUAUUCUUGUAGUUUCUUGUUCUUCGAUUACUGCUACUACCUGUUGUUUCUUGUGCUUUGUUUAUCACAUUAUUCUAGUUUUUUUUGUCUGUUACGCAUUCUCUGUUAUUUGUUAUAUCUUAUUUUCUAUGCCUUGUUCUACCUCUAUAUUGUUUUUUUUUUCUUCAAAUUGCCUUGUUAUGUGUUGCUUGAGCUGUAGGUCUUUCGGAAACUCUCUCUAUCUCCAUGAGGUAGGGGAUAAGAGAGUGGACUUGUAGAGAAGAUCUCCACAAAGACAAAAUGGGUUAUACUAAGGAGCAAUUGCUUGUCCGUUUACAGGAGCUUCAAAUUGAUUUCACCAAACAUGAACACCCAGUGAUUUUGACAGUUGAAGCACAGGCAAAGCAUGUUGGGCAUCUGAAUGGGGCAUUGAGUAAAAACCUAUUCUUGAAGGAUAAGAAACACAGGUUCUAUGUUGUUUCUGCAAUGGCAAAAACCAAUGUAGAUUUGAAAGUUUUGUCUCAGAGGCUUGGUUUGGGAAAAGGAGGGUUAAGAAUGGCUCCUGAAGAAGCACUUGGAGAAGUACUUCAGGUGCCGCUUGGCUGUGUCACCCCUUUUGCACUUGUAAAUGAAUCAGCAAGGUGUGUUUCCUUGUUAUUGGAUCAGGGAUUGAAAACACAGGAAUGCUGCUUCUUCCACCCACUCUCAAAUGAUACAACAAUUGCUCUUAAUGCUCGUGGUCUCGAUAAGUUUCUGAGUUCCAUAGGAAAACAAUCGGUCUAUGUGGACCUUGAGGCUAAUCCUCCAGUAGGGAAGGAUCAACCUCCUGAUCUAGCGUCUCUUGUUCCAUCUGAUGCAAUUGCCAUACCAGGUCAACCUGACAAAGCAGCUCCUUCGCUAGUUUCUGACAUGAAUCAUGCCCCUGCCAAUAACAAGUCAACUGAAGUUUCUGCUAAAGCAGUUAAGCCGUCAACUGAUGUGCGGAAGGAGAAACUAUCAAAUGGAGUUAGCUUAUCAACCUCGUUUGCUGAUCCUGAAAAAUAUGUAGAAGACUUUAUAGAGAAAACAUCAUCUCUUGUUCUUUCAGAGAUAACGGAGGAGAAUGUGAAGCAAUAUGGUGAGAAACAUGGUGAAGUCAUAUCAAAUACAAUUAGGAAAAAACUUGCAAUGGAGCUAAAGAGCACAGCUACAAUGUUCAAGAACACUGCGUAUUCUGAAGGUUUUUCUGCUGGUACUCGCCAACAAGCAAAGCGUCUUUAAAACAUGUUAUUUGUCUUCCAUUUUCUUGUAUCCAAUUAAAACUUGAUGCCAUGAUCUUAUUCAAGUUAUGACCACAAUGCUAAGAGGAAUUUGCUCCUUAUACUUUGAGCAAAAUUGAAACAUGUUUCAUAGGAGAAAUACAUGUUUUCUUUUUGAAAAAAUGACUUGCAAGAAAGUUUUUUUUACAGA